AUGGCUUCUGUUACAUUUGUUGUUGCUGAUGUCGAUAUCUGUACGCAGAAACAUAUUGAAACUACUAAAUUAUAUCAAGCAGAUUUAGAUCGAUGGGGAGAGAAAGAUCAAACAUUAUUACUUGAAAAUUUUCAAACAAAUUAUCCAUUAGGUUUUGAUCUUAAUGGAAGUAAUCAUCGAAUUAGUAAUGCUUUUGUUGCUACUGUAUACAAAGCAUAUUGUGAACAUUAUCCACUUGAAAUAAGUGUAGAAGAUAUUUGGGUUGCUAUUGAACAAGGUAUUAGUAUUCAUCUAAAUGAAAAUGCUGAAAAAUAUCGAGAAUUAAUGGUAACACAUGAAGGAAAAAAGACAUUGGAACUGUUCGUAGAUAGUCUUCGAAUACUAGAUUCUGAUCGACCGAAAGAAGGAAAUAAAUCUGUACCUGCUAUUGAUUGGUCAGCUGCUAUUCGACAAAUGGGAGAAUUAAUUAAAAAAGAUAUGAAAACAGAUUUAAGUACAAUAUUAACUACUCCUUUCUCUAAUACAACAUCAGUUGAACAAGCUGUUUUUGAUUGUACAUUAAUGGAUAGUGUAAAAUCUUAUUAUAAUCAUCGAUUUAGUUUACGUUGUGGUAUUCCACAAGUAACAUUACGUGGUUCGCCAGAUGAUUUUCAACAGGUUAUUGAUCGAAUUAAUCAACUUCGAAUGAUUUUUACUGAUUUUCAUUGGUGGUUAGAUACACUUUUACCUCAUUUGAAAGAAUUAAAAGCAAGUGCUGAAGGAAAACAUGAUAUCGAUUGGUGGCAUAAAAUUUGUCAUAAAUUAGGAGGUGGAUCUGGUGUUAGUUUAUUAUCUGGAUGGCUUGCUGAUUUUAUACCAUACACAUUGGAUGGAAAAGGUCAUUACCGCAAAGCUCGAUGCGAUCGUCACCAUUAUCGUGAAGGUGUAAUCAAUGGUAUUGAAUUUUGUGAUUUUUACGAAAGUGUAACUCAAACAGAUUUUAUUUUGGAUGAUAAUGGACAUGAAACGAAAAUGAAAUUCAUUGCUGGAUUUUUAGGUAUUGGUCAAAAUUCUAAAACAGGUGCACUUCGUCCAUGUCUUGGAUGGAUUUCAGCAUUACCAAUAGAAAAACAAUUUAAUGAUUCCUAA